AAAAACAUUUGCAAUUUCCCUAAACAUCAGCAGUAUUAGAAAAGCACUAAAAACCGCAGAACUCUAUAGCACCAUGAAAUUCUUAAUAACUUUCUGUUUGAUUGCCUCUUUGGCCACAGUUGCCUGGACCAGCAGUGCUUCAUGGGGUAAACGUUAUUCCAAUGAUUAUCUUUUGUAUCGUGAAAAUGUUGUACGUACACCCCUUAAUGGUAAUUACUGGAAUGUAAAUGUUGCUUUCCCCAAGUCGGGUCAAGGUAAUACCAGAAAUAUUACUGCCAUUUAUGUCUUUGAUCGUUUUACCAACAGUUCUGGUGCCCAACCAUCUUUGUGGUCUGGUGGUCCCGGUUACAAAUUUGCCACUGUCAAUUUGAAGAGUCAAUAUUCGAGAGGUAUUAACUCUACUGUUGAAUUCUAUGGCAGAUAAAUGAUAAUGACGAAUGUGAUAUUAGUUGAUAAUAAUGACAAUGAACAAGUGAAAAAAUAAAUUGUAAAGCAAAUACAAA